GUGCAGGCGCCCUGGACUUGGUCCUCGGCGCCUCCACGCCCAUCUCCCGGGGGGUGGGGUGGGCUGUUUUUCCCUGCCAGGCAUUGUGAGGGUCCCGCCACCGCCGGCGGAGUGGAGACCAUGGCCCCUCACGGCCCUCGAGCCCCGCUGGAAUUCGGGGGGCCGCUGGGCGCUGCGGCGCUGAUGCUGCUGCUCCCUGCCACCAUGUUCUACUUGCUCCUGGUGGCCCGCUCGGGGCCGGCGCGCCUCCUGGGCCCGCCCCCUUACCUGCCGGGGCUCCAGGCGCUGUGGAGCCCGCGGGCGCUGCUGCUGUGUCUCGCCUGGCUCGGCCUACAGGCGGCGCUCUACCUACUGCCGGCGCGCAAGGUGGCCGAGGGGCAGGAGUUGAAGGACAAGAGUCGCCUGCAGUACCCCAUUAACGGCUUCCAGGCCCUGGUACUGACAGCCCUGUUAGCAGGGCUGGGGGUGUUAGCCGGUCUGCCCCUGGCGGCGCUCCCAGAAAUGCUCCUGCCCUUGGCGUUUGCCGCCACCCUCAUCGCCUUCGUCUUCAGCCUCCUUCUCUAUCUGAAGUCCCAGGUAGCUCCUGCCUCGGCCCUGGCACCCGGGGGGAGCUCAGGCAAUCCCAUUUACGACUUUUUCAUGGGACGGGAGCUCAACCCGCGCAUCUGUUUCUUGGACUUCAAAUAUUUCUGCGAACUGCGGCCUGGCCUCAUCGGCUGGGUCCUCAUCAACCUGGCCCUGCUGGUUCAAGAGGCAGAGCUGCGGGGCAGUCCCUCAUUGGCCAUGUGGUUGGUCAAUGGCUUCCAGCUACUCUAUGUGGGUGAUGCUCUUUGGCACGAGGAGGCCGUCCUUACCACCAUGGACAUCACACAUGAUGGGUUUGGCUUCAUGCUGGUCUUUGGGGACUUAGCCUGGGUACCCUUCACCUACAGCCUGCAGGCCCAGUUCCUGGUGCACCAUCCACAGGCCCUGGGGCUGCCCAUGGCCUCCACCAUCUGCCUCAUCAACGCUAUUGGUUACUACAUCUUCCGUGGGGCCAAUUCCCAGAAAAACACCUUCCGAAAGAAUCCUUCUGACCCCAGAGUGGCUGACCUCGAGACCAUCUCUACAGCCACGGGGCGGCAGCUGCUGGUGUCUGGGUGGUGGGGUAUGGUCCGCCAUCCCAACUACCUUGGAGACCUCAUCAUGGCUCUGGCCUGGUCCCUGCCCUGCGGGGCUUCCCACUUGCUGCCCUACUUCUACCUCCUCUACUUCACUUCGCUGCUGGUGCACCGGGAGGCACAUGAUGAGCGGCAGUGCCUGCAGAAGUAUGGUUUGGCCUGGCAUGAGUACUGCCGGCGUGUGCCUUACCGCAUCGUGCCCUACAUCUACUGAGGUGGCACACCCACUCCAGAUCAGGGCAGAUGCCCACCCAUCCACCAGCACCAGGAGCCGGGACACACCCUACCCUCCCUGAGCUCCACCAGUGCCAAGGGAGGUGGGGACGAAAAGCCUCAGAGAAGAGGUGGUUUGGAGCAAGGAGAAAAAU